GGGUGUCCGUCGUCUCCAGCUCCAGUUCGUACCGCGCCUCCGUUCGGCGACGUUCUUCCAACAGGAGAAACCAUUUUCAAAACUGCGCGGGUGGUCGCCCGGCUUUCCUGCUGAAACCGGGCCCAGUGUCAAGUGCAAAUAAAACAAUAAAAUAAACAAAAGGACAGACGAUGGAAGAGUUGGUACAGAAAGACUUCAAAGAAAGAGCCCUGAGGAGGGUGAAAGAAGGAUUGGGGAGACUUUGCCGGAGGAGGUCAGUCACCAUCACAGAAUACGACCCGAGUUUUAAAGUCUUGUACCUCGGAAACGUCCUCACCGGAUGGGCUAAAGGAGAUGGAUGUGUAGAAAAACCCCUUUCGACUCUCUGGAAAAGCUAUCAGGGCUCAUGCAAACCGGACGUACAGAUGAAGAUGACGGUGACGCAGAGCGGCCUGAAGGCUGUGACCAAAGAACACGGCCUCACGGAAUACUGGAGCCACCGGGUCACCUACUGCGCCGCCCCUUCUGAUUACCCCAAAGUCUUCUGCUGGGUGUACAGACACGAGGGGAGGAAGCUAAAGCAAGAGCUGCGGUGCCACGCGGUCCUAUGUGCGAAAGAAGCUCACGCGAAACGUAUGGCACAGGACCUCAGCUUCAGACUGGCCCAAGCACUUAUCGAAUUCAAAAGGGACAAAUUAAGCAAACAGAAAGCACGUUUGUCUUUGGCGAAUGCAGUUUACGACAAUCCCUCGCUCCCGAGGAGGAAGAUCCUUCUUUCGACAGGCUCGCAGAACUACAGACCUCCGCUGGAGCGGAGUAAGUCCGCGCCGAAGCUCAUGUCAAUCGAAGAAAGCGUGGAAGAAGAGGAGGAAGAGACAGAGACUAGGCGGAGCUUCAGGAGAUUUCGCCCGUUCCAGCGGACGCUGACCGAAGUGGACGAGAUCGACCCCUUCAAGAACGGUGUUCACGUCGAAGGCGAAUUCGACUCGCACCUCCUGGAGGAGGUGGUGGAGGACCCUGGAGUGAACGACAGGGUCAACAGGAUGUCCUGGGCCGGGGAGGAACUCCUCGAGAGCGGUUUCCUCGAGCCAGAGACCCUUGAAGCGGCGUUCGCCAAACUCUACCCCCAGGCCAAAACCCAAGACAUGCUGGAGGACUACCUGGAAGACGAGUCGACGCCGUCCCUCCAGAGCAUCUCCUCCGGGUCGGACCGGCCCCAUAAAACCCCUUACGACCUCGAUUCCCUUUCCGAAGAGGACUCUGACGAGAGCGGCUUCGUCGAGGUAUCGGCCGAUGACAAAAUCAGGGACCUGCCUCAUCACCAACUCGUCAAGCCCUGCUUACACACAUCUAAGUCAACAAGUUUAGAAGUAUAAGUUCGCAGCCAUUUUUAUCGAUGUCUACAAAUUCAAAUUUAAGCGAUGUAAUAAGUUUGCAUUCUAAUCUCCAUUUUUGUGUCUAGUCUAUUUAAUUUUUCUGUGGAGAAGUUAGCUGUUUAUAGUUUUACCCGAAAAGAACCGUUUGCUGUCCCGGGUCAAACCGAACGUCAUCAAACCACAAAUCUUCAUAAUUUAUCCAAAUACAAACGGUUUUCUUUUAAUUAGAAAUUAGUCACGGUUCAUCGCGUGUAACGUUAGCCGGAGGAGGCUCCCCGAACCGAUGAAAAACCGAUCCGUCACCGCACAUUUACUGGAAAAUGGCUCGAUAAAGAAAAUCCCCGGCCGGGUUGAUCGAUUGAUUUCACGGUCACGCUACCGGGGAGUGAUAAAAUAAAAUAAGAUAAAAACGAGGUGAAAUUGUAUUAUUCCGGCGUCGCCGUGUUGACAAACCAACGGUGUACAAUCGAUCAUACAACUGGCACAGAUAUAUGUAACAUACAUUUUACAAAGCUAAAAAUUCUCGUUGCCCAUCUUGACGACCGUCAUAUAUAACCGACAUAUUUCUUUUAUGGUAUUUGAUUGCGAGAAAAUGGGUUACGAAAAACAUUUAAAUCACAACUGUUUGAAAACGGCACAAAAUCCGAGGCAAAAAAUUGUCGUAAAUUUUUUAUACAAUUCAUUCUAAAGUAUAAACAAUUAACAUUAAUUUAUUAAAAAUCAGUAAUUUUCAAAAGCUUCAAUGUAACAAAGAUCGGUCGGGGUAUUAAAUGAUGUUUGUCGUUGUCAGUAGAAUUUUUCUUUUAGACUGUUAUCGCUGUACCUGUUUUAUUAGAAAUACAGAUCAUUUUUGGCACUGCGUUUUCGUUUUCUAUAGAUUUGCAAUUAAUUGCCCCCCCAACACAAUAAAUAAUAACUUAACCGUUUUUAUUUAGGAUUUGAAUCGAUGACCGUGUAGUAGGAUGUUUGAAAAAAAUUAUUUAUUGUUAUUAUUACGUUAUAUGUUUUUUUAAAGUACAUUUCAUUGUAUACAGUGUAAUUUGUGUUUAUUAAGUACAAUUUUGUGAAUUAAUUGAAUAUAGAUCCCCUAGGCGACUUCUAACCAAACCGUCAACCAAUGUGUACAUAAUUAUCACUAUAGAUUUUUUUCUUUGUAAUUUUUUUAAUGUGUUAAUCCAAUUGUAUUAUUACUGGAUUGAUCGAGGCGUUACCUAUUUGUCAAUCUUUUGAUUAAUCGACUUAAUACAUAUUGGUAAUUAUCGUACCUUUAACUUCGUUGUUAGAAGUUUUAUUUGUACUAUUUUCUUUAAUUAUUGUAUAAAUAACUUAAUUGGUUUACUUUAAAAAGAAGCGUAUUGUUUUUUAAAUUGUAAUUUUUGUAUGUAAAUAUAUUAAAGUAAUUGUAUAUCUAGGACAUUUAUUUAAAACGAUUUUGUUUUGUAAUUAUUUAUGAACAUCAUAAUUCGCCUGUUAUUAGAAUUGUUAAUAAAUGUAAAUAAAAUUGAUUAAUA